GUGGUUAAAGGGUUAACAGGAGGAGGCGCAGCAGCGGUCAGCUCGUCUGGGUGGAGUGAAGUUUAGACAUUAGACUAUAACAAAUUAGCAAAGAGGACUACAUGUACUAUGGCUGAGUGAAAACUACCUUGGAGAACUGAAUAACCUCACUUUAAAAAAAAAAACAACAACAACAAGAAAGCCAACCGGCUCGUUUAGAAAGACGUUAUAAACAAUGAGUGAUGUGAGUGAAGAGUCGCUGCUGGAUUAUUUCUACUCCACCGGAGGCAAUUCAGGCAGAGUCAAAAAUGCAGACAUACUGAAGACAUUUAAGCCUUUUAUUGGCCAUAGUGACUUGCAGUUACGUGCUAAAUACAGAGAGGAAUUCAAGCUCAUCAUUGACCGAAUCGCUGUGGUGAAGUCAGAGAAUGGUGAGAAGUACCUUUUCCUAAAGAAGAAAUACAGACAAUCGCUGCAGGAGCGAGACACCAAACAUCAGGGGACAGAAGUGGACGGACAGACACAUUUGAGCCCCAACAGAACACCGUCCGCUGUACAGUGGGAGGUGACGGACACCUCGACCUCCUCCCUUCCCCAGAAGGAGCUUCAAGAUGAGCGGAUGUCAUGUGGGGAGCCCGAAAGUGCCGCAGAGUCUGAGCCGGAACAAGACGAGGAGUGCACGGGCAGCAUGGGCUCCACUGCUGUCGCUCUGGACCCUAUAGAGAAGGAGUGGAUCUACUCCGCUGCUGGCGCUCGAGUCCCUGAUCUCUCUCAGCUGCUCAGACAAGACCCCUCGCUGGCACACAAGAAGGACUUCACCUCAGGGUUUACAGCUCUGCACUGGGCCGCCAAACAUGGUAACGAGGACAUGGCAGCUCUGGUGGCUAAUGCCGGUGCUGAUGUCAACACUAAAUCACAUGGGGGUUAUACGCCUUUACACAUCGCAGCGUUACACGGUCAUCAGAAUAUUCUUGACCUGCUCAUAGGGACAUACGGAGCCAAAGAAAACUUAAGGGACUACAGCGGCCAUCUUGCCUGCCAUUAUCUGAACAUCAGAGAACCAGAGGGUCCAGAGGAAGACUGCGAGCUGCAGUUUCACGUCACUCAGGCCAGAGAGCGAAACAGGAACCGGAAGUUGGUAUCGUUGUUCCACUCCAAGAAAAAGUGGGGUUCGGCAGAAGACCUGGCUCCGAUAGAGGAGGAGAGGACGGCGCAGCAGCAUCAGCUCGCUCCUCCUCCGUUCAGACCCAGGAAGUUCUCCCGCUGAGGAACAACCGGGGAGGAUUUGUGACUCUGCUCGCUCCGUUACACUCAACACUUUCACAGAUACAGUUCAUCUUUACAUUCAUAUUUAAACACAUAACGUAAACCUACAUGUAUAGACCCUGGACGUAUACAACACUCAUACCUUUGAUAUCUACGCUUGCUGACACACACGUUUGCGGAUGUACCUAAACAGCUGAUCCAAACACUGAACACACAGGCUUUAAUACUGAACAGGAGGUGUUGCAGGUGAGGCUAUGCUUAUAUGUGUAUUAUUGAUAUUUAUGCUUACCGUAAAAGUAUUUCUCUAAGCCUUUAAAUUGUUUAUGAAUGUUGCUAAUUGUUACUCAUGGAGCUACAUGCCUUACAGUUUCAAAUGAGCUCAGGCCACAUGAUUCAUGAUUCACUUUAAAUCUCAGCGAGGGGUCAAAGUUUAAAGGAUUUGGCUGACGAUUUUCUAUAUCUUACUUAUUGUCAGUACAUCUCAUGUGCACAAUGAAUCGAUCCUAUGUAUAAGUAUUGUGUGUGUAUCCGAAAGCCUAAUAUAUCUUCUUCCUCUGUGCCGUUGACCUCCAUUGUUGUCCAAAAA